GCUAAUCAUAUUCUAUCAAGCAUAUGUGUUUUGGGACGUGAGAAUAUCCUGUAGCUGUAUGGUGAGCCAUCUAUCUUUUGGUCGCACCUAUGGCACCGUGGGUGCUAGGUUGAACACGCAAGCAUCGUCCAAUUGUCGACUAGCAUAUUCAUUCGUAUGGAUGUGAUCUAGUGGGCAUGUGUGCAUGUGCGUGGCAAGGUGCAAACCGCUGUGUGAAGUUCAUUCACCGGCAACAGAGUAAGAUAUUUCGAGAGCGACGGAAUCGUGCAGCAUCAUCAUCCUCAAAUCGUGUGAGAAUGUCCGAUAUGCCAGAUCUGAUUGAAGUUAACGAUGAAAGUCAAAGAUUCUCUACAAAGUGGACUGUGCAAUUUCCAAUUAUUCACUGUCAGCUAUGGUAAUCUUAAAGAAGGCUAAAAAUAUCCAAGCAUGUUUCAAUAUUUGGAAUACUUCAGUGUCAGACUGACCGCUAAUCAGACUGUGGUGAGUUCCUCGUGUGUCGUUCGUUGAAAUCUUGAAGUGCCCGAUCCUAGUGUUGCUAGCUUGUGUAAUGUGUUAUCGGCUGCACGGAUCCUGGUCUGUAAUUAAGUGCUGCAAUCAAACAAACAUACCGUACCUAACAAUCAACAGUUCAACUUCAAACGAUCAACGAAUAUGUGAUCCGCGACGUCUCACGCGUGUUUCUGUAGAUUGUGGCUGAGUUGGCGAAUUGAUUGGGUGUCAAAGAGGAUAAAUAAGCGUCUGUUUAUGUUCGGAUGUAAAAUUGUGCGUGUAAUGAUAAAAGAGAUCGUGAUGGGCGAAAUACCGAGAACGAUUUGCUAAAACAAAUGUUAGGCUAUGCUGGAAAAAUCGUGUAUAAAAAAGGAGUGAUUAGAUACCCCCCUACACUUCCCUAUCUGCUCUGCCUCCCAUAUCGUGCACCCCUAAGAGAGAGGCUGUGUGGUAUCAAUUCGCAUAUCGAAAGCAGUAACGAAUAUUGUAAAAAAGAAACGGGGGAAUAGGAUAACCUACGGGAACGCUACUAUUAUCGCUGAACAUCGCUUCAUUCUACAGCUUAAAAAGGAUUCUACAGAUUUCUCUGUAUGAGAGUUACUGGGAUCUAGUUAUCGCGCACUAUGGAAAAUUCUAGCAACAUGGCAGAUGAUCAGGAUGACGUGACCGGAGGUGAGGGUUCCCAAGCUGGUGGUAUCCAUGAGCAGCAGCACAGUGUGCUCACUGCGGCUCGCUUAAAGGAGAAGGGCAAGAAGCUCGCUGCAGCUCACAUCCAUCGGGAAUUGGCUGUUACUGGCCAUUCGGACAGCCUGCAUCGCUUACUGGACGACUUGCUAGCGCCCGAGUGGCCAAUUGGCAACAUCGAUAACAUUGAAUGGUGCCGCUGGCUGGUUGCCGGUGGUCGAACACCCGUUGAAUUUGCUGCAAUUGUAAGAGCAUAUGACAACCAUGCCAAGUGCGGACUGGUGUGGAUACCACACGUUGUUGCUUACCGGUGCCGAACAUGUGGCAUCUCACCCUGCAUGUCUAUCUGCCGCGAUUGUUUCAAGCGCGGCAACCAUGAGAACCAUGAUUUCAACAUGUUCCUGUCGCAAGCGGGUGGCGCCUGUGACUGCGGUGAUACGUCGGUGAUGAAACCUGAGGGUUUCUGCAGUGACCACGGCCUGAACAGCUGCCAGACAAAAGCACCAGUGCCAGACGAUUUGUUGCUAGUAGCAGAGGCAAUGAUGCCGAGAUUGAUACUACGUAUGCUGCUGCACUUCCGUGAGUUCAGCGCAAUCAAGAAUGAUUCGCCCGACUGUCGGCUGGUGGCAGAGUACUGCAACGAAUACUGCAGCAUGCUUAUGGAGUUCAACAAUAUGGGCGAGCUGAUGAGACGCGCUAUGACGAAGACACUCAUUGAUCGGAACGUAUAUCGGCGGCUAUUGGAGCCUCCGUAUCCUUCGAACAGCUGCGGCCAGUAUCUGCGCAACAGCCGGCGGCUGUAUGAAGAGGCUUUGCGUCAGUUCCCGUCUCCCGAGCCACCUCCUGACUAUGCCCAUCUGCCGGCUCUCGGGCGCACCAUUGUGCACCAGACACUGUUGGAAGAGUUUAUUUUCUGGACUUUUAAGUAUGAGUUCCAGCAGCAGAUUGUGUGCUUCCUACUGAACAUGCUGCCGGAUCAGGACUACAAAGAGCAUCUCACACGCACGUUCGUUAUGCAUUAUUGUCGCAUCCCGAGUGUGCUAGAGAUGUCCAACGACCCUGACACACUCAGCAACCGCGUGGUCCACAUGAGCGUGCAGUUGUUCUCCAACGAGAGUCUCGCGCUCAAGAUGGUUGAGGAGCUAUCGCUGCUUCACGUGAUGAUUAUUAGUCUACGGCAGAUGAUGUCGAAGAUCUUAACACCGCAUCUACUGCACAAUCCGGAGCGCAAUUUUCAUUACGUGGUCGACUGUGCCGAGCGUGUGAUGAAGGAACACUGUUACUGGCCGCUCGUAUCUGAUUUCAAUAACGUGCUGUCGCACGAAUCGGUUGCCCUCGUAUUUCUCAAGAACGACAGUCUCAUCGACAUGUGGUUCCAGUUCCUAUCAAUGCUGCAAGGAAUGAAUGUCAACCUCCGAGAGAUCAUUAGCCACGUAGAGUACGAGUCUAGUUCCUAUUACGCCGCUUUCAGCUGCGAGCUCGAGGCAAGCGCAUAUCCAAUGUGGUCGAUCAUCUCGCACCUACAGGACCCAUCGCUUGCACCGCUUGCUAAGAACAUUAUGAUGUACUGUGUAACUUAUCUGCAUGAGUGGCUCGAAGCAGUCAACUUCUACCAACAUCCCAAGUUUGAAAAGGAAGAUAUGUUUCGCGCCUCGUUCCAUUUUCCAUUGCAUCGCUACCUGGCUGCAUUUGUCUGUCAAGGCGUCAAGACGAUGGGUAUGACGUUAAAUGAUAUUCUGCCGAGUGCUGAUUUGCUGCCAAUGCUAAUGAUGCACCCGCUACGUGUCCAGAGCCUGUUCUACGAGAUUUUGUCUGGCGUAUGGGUGCGGAACGGACUGCAGAUUAAGGGACAGGCGAUGACAUACAUUCAGGCAAACUUUUGCAACUCAAUGGUGGAUAUGGAUCUAUUCUUUCUGCAAAUCUGUGCGACACAGCUACCUCCGAACCUGUUUCUCAGCGAAUGCAUUGCGAUCUUUGGGAUCGAAGAUUGGCUAGGUAUGAGCGUACUGAGCACGCCCCCUGAGAUGGAACAAGAUUCGAUGCUGGAGGGGCUGCUGACCUUUCUGGCUACGCUGAUAACAUCGCGCAUCAACUUGGGCAAUGAUGAGACGACACAGUGCAUCAUCGAGAUUAGUGCGCUGUUGGCCACCGGUGACAAGACGCACAGCCAGCUGCUGGAACUAAUGCCGGAACGAAGCGGUAAUGCGCACACGCGCAACUUCGAGCGCUUUCUUAAGGAACUAUCGAUCUAUCGGUCGCCGUUGGUCGGCUCAGAAAACCUCGAACAAGGCUUAUUUAUGCCAGUGCCGGAAGUUUGGGAAAAGCACUACGAUCCGUUGCACGUGCUACUGCGCGCCGUCCACCGUCGUGACUUUCAGAACUCGCUCGAUCGCUUUGGGGCAUACGUGAAGCAGCAGGGAAAAAUGCCGAAGAGCGGCAAUCUGUGGCCACCGUUCCGGUUACCUAGCCCGUGUGGACCCGCUUAUAGUGAUCCGGCGGCUAUUCUAAGCUCACGGAUUCUCCACGCUAUCAUCCUGGCCAUCUUCUAUCGAGCCGUCCACACGCACAAUGUAUCGGAGCACAUGCUAGCGCUGGCCGUUUUUCUGCUCGAGAUGGCUGUUUGCACGGCGAGUGCAGCUGGCGGCGAAGCGGCCACCAGCCACUCAACUGUCGGCGAUGCGACCGCUGGUGUAGGCGCCGAUACGGCCGAUACUAGAGCCUUUAGCAGUAGCAGCAACAAACGAAGCAGUACCGAAGGAGCGACGUCAGCGCAUAGAGGCGCCACUGUGGAUGAAACACUGAUUCCAGAUUUGCUCAACUGCUAUCCCAGUAACUGCUUGAGUGACAAUCUCAAAAUGACGGUCCAUCGGAUAUCGUUGCUGCCCGGCAUGCGUCGAUCGCCAGUUUCUUACCACAAAUCUAGUGAUGACGGUUCGCCCCCUUUUGACAGUGAUGUCGAGUGGGAUCUUUCCGAAGACGAAACGCUCAUGAUGAUUGGCAGUGUUGCGGACGUAUCGGGGGCCGAUGUGCAAGUAGGCUGGUCCGCUACGCAGACUGGUUCAUCGAAAACAGUUGAGCAACCAAGGGCAGAAGAGGGGGGACGAAAAUUAACGAUGACGACGACUGCAACGGCGGGAGCAGCUAGUAGCAGCAACGACGCCACCAGCACCGCCUUAGUACCGUCUCGUGGCGCCUUCGAAGAUAUACCACAAGAUCUCACGAUGGCUGAGCAACACAAAGAAGUGCAUCCAGGGCACCGCAUUGCAAUAAUUUCGGCUUCAACCAAUAGCUCUACAAGCCAGCAAAUGGUCGUAGAGGAGGAAGGAGUUAAUGACGAAGAUAAAACCGCAGUGUCGAGAGACGGGGCCGUUAGUAGUGAGGUCGAGGUAGCACCCGAUGCAAAAGAGGAAGAUGUAUAUAACGAUGAGUUGGAAGAUGAAGACGAGUACGAGGUGGAGGAUGAAGAUUGUUUGGAUGCUGAGGAGCUAAGGAGACGGUGCGAAGCAAGACGCCGAAGGCGUAGAUGGAUGCUACAGGGUUCACGGCGACCGCUAAGCGUAGAUGAAACCCCACAACAGCAGGAUGAGGAUAUUCAGUACCAUGUGAUGGACGAAGAUGGUGAUGUGAUAGUAGAAGACCAGCCGAUGGUGCUGGAACCCAACAACAGCGACUAUAUAAUCUCCUCCUCGCAUCUCUCUGAUAACUCUGGAAAUGUGCAUGACAACGUAGACGAAGCGGGUGAAGAUGAGGAUGAAGCGGCAAUGAAUGCUGCAAUUGCAUCGAUUACUCCACGAUCAGAUGGGAACCGCAGCGCAGUGGCGCAUAACAGCUGCACUAGUAAUUUGUACGUUAUACCGGGAACCAUUCGACAACGUCAGCAAAGGCCACAUGAACAUCGGGUGUCACAGAAUCACCUCCAUCACCAUCAUCAUCGAUCGCCGCACGUAGGCGCAAGAGGGGUGGCUGCGGCUGGAACGUUAAUGCGUGCCUCUCCAUCACGGGCAAGCGAGUUCAUUGUGCAGGAAGUAGCAACCGGUACUGCGUCGACCGGUAUGGAGCUAGUAAUACGCCACGAAUUCGUAUCGACCAGAGAUGGAAGAACGGGGUCGACAGGGCUGACAGGGCAGGAAAUAGCAAUACCACUUGGACAAACGUCCACUUUAUCGACAGUGUUUGGGUCAACGGGUGCCUCGCCAGCACUAGGCAAUAAUGGCGGUGCCGGCAGCGGCAGUUUACUGCCGUUCAGUCGUGUUCAACCGGUCGCUGUAACGAGUACAGAUGUCUCUAUCAGCGAUGGACCCAUUAUUGGAGACCGGGCAGAUACUACUAGUGGAGCGAUCGUACCUGCCACAACCACUGCUGUUGCAGUCGCUUCGUCACAGCAGAAUCUGUUGCAGAACUUCUAUCAUUCACCAACAGUGGCAACAGCGGAGACGGCGUUAGCAUCAACAAUGAGAACGGCCGGAGCACCUUCUGGCCGCCAUCCACAUCAUCGACAAAACCACCAUAUGCACCACCAUCGGCACUAUCAUUCUCACAACAAUAACCCCCACUCGUUGACGGGUACUCGGCAGCAACAGCAAACGUCGGAAUCGUUUCAACAGCAUACGCCGCGCCAUUAUCGGAGUAGUUUGGGCACGGUUGCAUCCACUGCCGCGACAGCAGUGGGACCGGGUCAUAGUAGUUAUCCGCACCAAUGGAUGCGGUUUAAGCGCAGUCACAGCGUCAAUCGUGGCGGUGGCGGAUCUGACGAUAAUGUUGUUGCCGGUGCAGGUGCUAGUGCCAGUGGCAGCGGUAGUGCUCGUGCUAAUGCUGUGGCCAGUUCUAGCACUGGUAUUAGUGGUAGUCUCGGUGCCAGUACCGAUGCAGGUACUACUGCUAGUCCUGACGUUGGUACUAGAGCCGGUGUCAGAACUAGUGCGGAAAUACCGCGUGACAGUGUCGUCGGGCUGGAAGCAGUGUUAAACGAUAGCGGGACAGUUGUGCUAGAGGAGUCCAUCAUCUCAUUGCUAUUGAAGUUGCAUUCUCAGCUUAGCGGUGCACUCGACAGCUUUUCGCUUGAGGAUGAAGAGGAUAAGAACCAUGUUACGGAUCAACCAAAGGCGUCUGCUUCGUCCAGUUCGUCAGCUUCGUGCAACAAUAGUACAGCGGGAGGUCAAAUGAUGGAUUUAGACGAAGAAGAACCUACUACUGCGGCAGUUAGCGAGGAUAUCACGAGUAAAGUAAGGGAUGAGAUUGGUACUAGUCACAAAAAGAGAACGAAUAAUGGUGGUUGGUGUAAUCGGAUCUCGGGGUCGCGCAUCGGCGACGGCCCAUUCUUUAUCGGCAAUCUGUUGCGCCGGAUAGCAGCGCUGGACCCAAGUUGCGUUACGCGAAUUAAUGAAAUCCGGGCGCAGCUGUGGCCUAACCAAAGAGAGCGACAGGCAGAACAGAAGGCCCGGGAAGCUCGUGAGAAAGAGGAACGCACGAAGCGCGCAAAGGAGCGGCAGAAAAAACUUAUGGAGGAAUUUGCCAAUCGACAGAAGCGAUUCAUGCUGCUGGCGAUGACUUCGAUGGGCGGCGACCCGUCUAGUAUGGAUUGCUUCGACGAUGACGAAGAUGAAGAUGACGAGGAUGCGAAAGCGGUUGAGCUGCAACAGCAGCUGUUGCGUGAGAAGGAGUACGACUGUAUUAUCUGCAAUACAUCUGGGCCGAGUACGGAGUCAAAUCCGAUCGGAUUGGUAGUGUUGGUGGAGUCCAGCAGUGUGGUCGGUCAUCGUCGUAAUACAAACGAGCGAUUUACUUUGCCACUAUGUGCCGAAGAUCGUACUCGGCUCGAACGGAAUGUAACGCUGGCUGGGGAGUACCAGAAGCGGUUCGAGCUGCUGCAGUGGAAGUUCGGCCAGACGUCUUGGUUUUUGUCACACAAUAUUGGGUGGGAGGGUGGUGUGCACAUCCAAUCGUGCGGUCAUCACGUGCAUCUUUCCUGUCAGGAUUCAUACCUCAAGUCUCUCCACACGCCCCGCAGUCCGAACAAUCUGAAUGUAGAGCUGGGCGAGUUCUUUUGUCCUGUUUGCCGCCAGCUCGCCAACUCGGUGCUACCGCUGAGCCCGGCUCUCGAUCGUACGGCACCGCUGAUCCGCACACCUACCCCACCGCAUGCUACACUUGUGUUGGAGUUGAUAGGACUGUUCCAGGAAAACAAGCGGACACCAAUGGCAAGCAAGUUCUGCGAGGCAAUGGGACGUGCAAUGGGUAACAUUACCUCGUGUACACAACGCAACAUACGCAAAUACCCGGUGACAUUACAAAGUCUGUUCUCGUUCGUUAUUUCGAUUGCCCGGACCAAUUUGGAGGCCGAGGUGAUCCAACGGGGUGGCUCCCUGUGCAACACGGAAGACAUUCGGUUCAAGCCAAAACGGGACUGUAUUGUACCUCUCCUGCAUGUUCUGUCGCUGCACGUGCGGCUUAUGAUAAACGAUGAUUGGCCAAUUCGAUUCAAGGUUGGUGAUGAUUGGCCGUGGCACUCUUGGUCCCGACUCGUCGGGAUUCAGCUCGCUUACAGUACUAACGCAGCCGGCGAAAAGCCAAUCUCCUCUACGGCCCGUCAGUUCGAACCGGCGAUGGAACGUCUUUCUGAAGUAUCGUCUGAGAAUAGUGCAUUAGCUGAGUCAUUAGCAAUGGCUAUCGUACCAGCGCCGCCUGUCUCUAGGCCCACGACCGUAGAAGAUGAAGAUGAUGAAGAGGAGGAAUAUGAUGAAGAGGACGAAGAAAACGAUGGCGAGGAUGAAGAAGAUGAAGUCAGAAUGUUCGAUGGUGUUCAAAGAGAAAUGAUAUCAAAUAUCCAUGGCAUGCUCAUACCUUCCUGGACCGCUUCGCACGAAGAUAACGUCGGUGGCGGCGGUAUGCAAAUACCAUCCGUUCCGACGAGUAAGAGUACCAGAAGCGCGUCUAAAACUACAACCACGGCUGCAGCAGCUAGUAGUCUUAUUAUCGAGACUGAAACUAUUCCAGAUUUCAUCAGUGAUCCGACGGCACUAAUGCUAAAGUUUAUUUUGCUCGCACCACUCCAUCUUGAUCAGGCUUACUUUACUUGCAUCGUAAAGGUAAUGUACAAUUUACUGUACUAUCAAGUGGUGCUGCAGCUUUGUACGCACCUUACUGAAGAAGAAUGUGACCUGGUGAUAGAACAGUAUGGUAAAGGCCCACCGGUUGUGGUACGUGAGCGUGGUGUACCCCACAUAGGUGCCGCAAUGGCCUUCAUCCUGAACCACCUCGACCGUUGCAAAUACAUCCGCAGCGACAGCAUAUUGAUGGCGGACUCCGAAUCGGUGGGGGCCGAUACCACCGCCUCGGCUUUUUCUGAUGGUAGCAAUCGCAUCGACCUCGAUGUAUUUGAGAAACGAUUGCAGCGUCUAUGUUUACCGUUUCUGCGCAUUGCUUCUCUGCUUCGCCAUCACAUUUAUCACGCCGAGAUACCGGAGAUUGCCGGGCCACAUCUUGAGUUUGCACGCCUCGUCUACUAUCUGGAACUGGUGACAGUCUCCAUGGACUGGGAUAAAUUCAACGCUAGCAGAGCGCUAUGUUUUCUGCCUGGUACCGAGCUGGCGCUACCGAAGAACUGGUGUGACCAGCUGCGGAAUCUACGUCCUACUUACGAAUCUACGCGCUCGCUUAUUGUCAAUCAGCAUAUGGAAUGGCGUCAACCGAAGCUUCUUGGCUUGCCGAGGGAGUACGAACGAUUAUUCACGUACUAUCACGAACAACAGUGCCAAAAGUGUCAAAAUGUGCCUAAGGAAAGUUCCAUCUGUCUGUUAUGCGGUACAAUCGUGUGUAUCAAGCAAACAUGCUGUAAGGAGCAGGAUUGCUGCGAGGCAGUGCGACAUUCGAUUAGUUGUGGCGGCGGUACUGGUAUUUUUCUCGUUAUUACCUCAACAUAUAUAAUCAUCAUUCGUGGACUCCGGGCGUGCCUGUGGGGUUCGCUUUAUCUAGACGAUUACGACGAGGAAGAUCGUGAUUUGAAGCGAGGUAAACCACUGUAUCUUAGCGAAGACCGCUUCAAUCUCCUCGAAUCACAAUGGCUUUCGCAUCGUUUCGCCCAUACUAAACACAAUUGGGUAUGGCAUCGCGACUCGCUGUAAACCGGAAGUUUGGAAGGUUGACAUGAAAAAGGUGCGGCAGCUGUGAUAUGUUACAAAUUACUCUUCUCUAGCCCACACGUUGUCACACUCGAGGUGUAGAGGAUCACUAAUGGAACGAGUCGCUAAGACAUCUGUGAGCUAUCUAUAAUUGGUUCAUUGGAUUUAUGCGUUUGUGAUUGUGAAAACAGCGGAAGUAAAUUACUUUUUUUGUAGUUAUUACCAGGAAAUACCAAAAAUACCCUGCAGCUUCAUCGUUAUUUCCUAUCGGUUGCCCCGCUGUUACUAUCUUACCUCAUUCUGCAGGACCGAUCUUUCGAUAUAAGACCAACUCAGACAACACGCGCAACGGAACGUAUGCAGUUCUGCGGAAAUCGGCGACUAAAAACUACACGCGUAACGGAGCGAGGGGCACGAGUGUAUUUUGCAUACAGUUAGAAGCGCUCAGUGCAAUCCCAUAAUUCAGCCCCCAAAAUGGUAAUGGCAGAUACGCAAAAUUACGUUCUUUCCACUACGGGUCGAGUUUGAGUCAGUCUUUGAUGGUCGCAGCCCAUGUAAUCUGCUGCUGUAGCAUAUUUCAAGGAAAAUAUCUGUUAAGCACCUACGCUUGACUUGAUUGCAAAGGAAACGAAAAUCAUUACCACAUUGAUUUUCAUUAUUUGUACAAAACGAAAAAUUAGAAAAGGUAUGCACACGCAUAUACUUACAUCCGAAUAUUGCUGUAAAUGCUGUUUGGAUCGUAAAUGAAUAUUCGGACAGCAGUAGAAAAACAUGUUUCAGGCAAUAAGCGCAUAUAAACUAGGCGAAUAUCAAAAACAGCCAUAGUUUUUGCGUGAAAGAUGCAAGACUAACUUGAUCCUGAUUAUAGGUACUAGCACAAUUUCUCUUGAGCUUGAAGACACAUUUGUGCAAGGACGCAAUUAGUUAAGAAUUUAGAUGUUUAUUCGGGUGAGGCGAUAGCUACCUCCCGCAGGCGUUAGUGAACAUCUCUCCACCUGUCACUACCGAAAAAGCAAUCGACUGUAAGGUUCCCUCAGACGUUAAUGAACGCCAAAUUUAACAACAUGGACAUUUUGCCUCGUUGUAAGAGACACAGUUGAGUAACAAACGUCGCGUGAAAAUGAAAAAUAAUCCAGAGGAGAGUAUGUAUCAAGGAGUCUAUUCCAGUGAGCUGAUAUGUUCAUCAUGCUCAUAUUGGCGUUCAUUAUCGUCUACAGGCAACUUUUUGCCGGGGGUUAACGGCAGGCGUCAAUUUGAUCUUAAAAUGGUUUAAUCGCCUCUAAGGCGUUAGCUAUUGCCUCACUGGAAUAGACCCUCAAAACAAAUUUGCAAAGGACAAGAGUGUAUGUGGUUAUUAUCCUGAAGUUUGACUCUUUAGGAACUUUUCUAGCUGAAUAACGAAGCACCUGUAUUCCUCCAUGCAUAAAAUAUAACUAUACUGAUUGUUAUAGGCGCUUUAAAGUGCACGCUACUUUGAUAAUAGGUUAUUUGAUUAUUGUUGUUGUAACCCCGAUUCUGGUGAGAUAAGUAUGACUGAAAAACUUCACGAAACUCAAAUACACAUGAUAUGCUAGCAAGUUAGUACUAUAUCUAGGUCUUCUUGAUUUCUGUUGAAAGCGAGAGUGUGGAAACAUGUUCGAUCAACUAUUAGCUGAUAACCGAAAUGAAUAUAUUGUGAAUAAAAAUCCAUUUGCAUGUGUAUGAUGAGUAAGUCGAUAUCGAAAAUCAUAAAUAUGUAUAAUGUCGCAGGCAGAGGGGUAACUC